CUUCGAGCGCACUGGCGGCUCCGCUCAGACGGGCCGUCCGAUGGACGAUGGCAGUGACAGACAGCCAAGUGAUCCGGAGCGUCACUACCGCCACUAUUUGGCCCGCCGAGCAGUGACGUCACGACGUCCGCCCCGCGCCGCCGCCCCCGCACCCCCUGGACGCCAUGGACGGCUCAGGUGAAGGUCGGGCCGAGGAUGUGAGCUCGCCGCUCACUAAGAAACACAAGACAGCAAUCAGCCAAAGGAGGCACUCCAACGGACGGCGACUCGUCGGGAAGGCCGGCGAGGCCCAGGUGCUGCCGCUCAACGUGCCCAACAAGCACAAGCGCCUGGCGCAGGACCUGUUCAACACGCUGGUGGAGUGCCGCUGGCGGUACACGCUGAUCGUGUUCCUGCUCAGCCACUUCGUCAGCUGGUUCCUGUUCGCGCUCGUGUGGUACGCCAUGGCGCUGGCGCACGGCGACAUGGAGGAGACGGUGCGCGAGGUGGGCGAGCUGCCGUGCCUCAUCAACGUCAUGGACUUCACGUCCGCCUUCAUCUUCUCCAUGGAGUCGCAGACCACCAUCGGCUACGGCACGGCGUACCCGUCGCGCGACUGCCCGCAGGCCGUGGUCGUGCUCUGCUUCCAGAGCGUGUGCGGCAUGAUCAUUGAGGCCUUCUCCGUGGGGAUCGUCUUCGCCAAGCUGACGCGGCCGCACCUGCGCUCGCAGACGCUGCUGUUCGGGCGGCGCGCCGUGGUCGCGGUGCGCGACGGCUGCCUCACGCUCAUGUUCCGCGUCGGCGACAUCCGCAAGUCGGAGCUGGUGAGCGCGCGCCUCUGGGUCGUGGUGCGCGGCGUGGGCGACGGCGAGGACCCCGACACGGACCAGACGGAGCUGGCCGUCACCUUCAACGGCAACGCCAAGAACCUGUCCAUGGCCUGGCCCGCCACCGUGAUGCACAGGAUUGACGACAAGAGCCCGCUCUACCGGUUCGACCCCAGGGACGUGCAGCGGGACCCGUUCGAGCUCCUCGUCUUCCUGGAGGGCACGAACCAGGCCACGGGUCAGACCACGCAGGCGAGGACGUCGUACAGCCAGACGGACAUCCUCUGGGGGCACAAGCUGUACCCCAUGUUGAGGUUCAACAAGAAGCACGACAGGUACGAGGCCGACUACAAUCGGUUCCAUGAGACAAUAGAAGUCGACACACCGCUGUGUUCGGCACAAGAUCUGAAUCGAGUGCGGAGAUUGUCAGAGUUGAGUGUCCUGCACCCGAUAACCGAGAGCCGCGAGGAGACGUCGGUGGACAUCGAAGCGUAAAAAUAGUUUUCUAGUCUGAAUAAAAUAGUUUUUUUUACACACUGA